UGUAUAAUAGAUUACUAAUGAGAAACCUGUUCAUCUGUUUUUACCUGUUCUAUUUUACAACAUGUUUAUCCAGCGACCUUACUCACACAGGAUCACAGAAUCAUUCUGAUAUUAGACACCAGCACCCCCAUCCACCAUCCCCCCCUCCCUCUCCUCGUCCUCAUCCCCGUUCUUUCCGUGGUUUAGACGAUCUUCAUCAUCCACCACAUCCUCCUAAAGAUCAGCCACCCCACCCUCAACUUCAAGAUUCACAUUUCCUUCCGUAUCAGCAAACAAAGGAAGUUCUUAUGGAACCUCAUCUAGACCUGUACUAUGGACAGAAUAUUACUGUUGAGGAGGGAGCUGUAGGAGAACUAGAGUGUAGAGUUUUUAAUCUUGGGAACAGAUCCGUGUCCUGGGUUCGAUUGGGAGAUGGUAGAAUUAUUGCAGUGGACCAGGAGAUAUUUACCACGGAGUCCAGAUUUUCUGUAAGGAAUGUUCAAAAUGUUUGGAGUUUAAAGAUUGAGAAAGUAAAUGUGGAAGAUGAAGGAUUGUAUGAAUGUCAGAUUAGCACCAAUCCUAAAUCUUUUAAAGUUUUCUCACUUCAUGUGUUUACCCCUAAGGUUGUUAUAUCUGGUUCUCCUGAUGUAUAUAUCCGGGAAGGGAGCUCUGUAUCUCUGGAGUGUGUUGUCAGAAAUAUGGAUUCUCCUGUUUACAUUUCCUGGGAGUUUCAGGGUAGAACACUUCUAGGAGGAACAGUCAGGAACCACACAGCUGUGAUAUCUCGCCUAAACCUGAUCGAUGUUAAGAAAAGAGAAGAAGGGGAGUAUACAUGUCUUCCUUCAAUGCUGAAACCAGUUUAUAUCAAACUUCAUGUUCUAGGUCGAGAGAACUCAGGGGAAAGAGGAUUACCGUACACUAAUUCAUCUGCAAGGAAUAUUCUACAUUAA